AGCGAAGGCAGAUUAACAAGAAAGAAUGGAAAGGUUCGCUGAUCGCUUCGCAUCGUGAAAACCAUAACAAUCACUAUAGGGAGCAACACAGUACCGCAAACCGCUGUCUAGUGUCUAUGCCCUCGGAAGAGUGAGCGUGUUGUCUGUCGUCUGGAGUUAUCUCAACGAAGCAGGUCUUCCACAGCCCCGCUCCCAGACCGGGAUAGCCAGCCCUUAACCAAUGACAGUGGCUGCACCGCCCUCGGGCUGCCAGUGACCAGGUGGGGUGGUGGUGGUGGUGGUGGUGGUGGUCUCUGGCCCAGGCGCGGUGGCCCUUCGCUUCAGUACUUCCUCCCCAGGCAGCCGCCAUCCUGACCCGCUCUUACCAUGGAGCCGCAAAGAGACAAGUUCAGCGAGCGGCCGGCCCGGAGCACCAAGGUCACCCAGGGGAGCCGCAGCGGGCACUCGUCGAGGCCCUCCGGCUCCUCCAGCUCGUCCGGGGUGCUCAUGGUGGGACCCAACUUCCGCGUGGGCAAGAAGAUCGGCUGUGGCAACUUUGGCGAGUUGAAGCUCGGUAAAAAUCUCUACACCAAUGAAUAUGUUGCUAUUAAACUGGAACCAGUGAAAUCAAGGGCGCCACAGUUGCAUUUGGAGUACCGCUUCUACAAAACUUUAGGAAGUACAGCCGAGGGCCUGCCCCAGGUCUUCUACUUUGGCCCCUGUGGGAAAUACAACGCCAUGGUCCUGGAGCUGCUGGGCCCCAGCCUGGAGGACCUCUUUGACCUCUGCGACAGGACCUUCUCCCUUAAGACGGUCUUAAUGAUAGCCAUACAGCUGCUCUCUCGGAUGGAGUAUGUGCACUCUAAAAACCUAAUCUAUAGAGAUGUCAAACCAGAAAACUUUCUCAUCGGGCGGCAAGGGAACAAAAAAGACCACAUCAUCCACAUCAUUGACUUUGGUCUGGCCAAAGAAUACAUCGACCCUGAAACUAAAAAACACAUUCCAUACCGGGAGCACAAGAGCUUAACCGGUACCGCAAGAUACAUGUCCAUCAACACACAUUUGGGAAAAGAGCAAAGCCGACGAGAUGACCUGGAGGCCUUAGGUCACAUGUUCAUGUAUUUCCUCCGUGGCAGUUUACCAUGGCAAGGGCUAAAGGCGGACACUUUGAAAGAACGAUACCAGAAGAUCGGAGACACUAAGCGGAAUACUCCCAUCGAGGUCCUGUGUGAGAACUUCCCAGAGGAGAUGGCCACCUACCUGCGUUAUGUGAGGCGGCUGGACUUCUUUGAGAAGCCAGACUACGAAUACCUGAGGACACUUUUUACUGAGCUGUUUGAGCGGAAAGGAUACACCUUUGAUUACACCUAUGACUGGGUUGGCAGGCAAAUACCCACUCCCGUAGGUUCUGUGCACAUAGACUCCGGAGCGUCUGCCAUUACGAGAGAGAGCCAUGCCCACAGGGACCGGCCUUCACAGCAUCAGCCUCUGAGGAACCAGACGGCCGCCUCGGACCGGCGAGGAGCAUGGGAGGUGCAGCCCAGUCGCCAGGCAAACUCCGCCUCCUCCUACCUGACUUCUCACCUGGCCGCGGACAGGCACGGGGGCUCAGUGCAGGUUGUCAGCUCGACCAAUGGGGAGCUGAAUCCAGAUGACCCUAUGACUGCCCACUCCAAUGCACCAAUCACGGCUCAGGCAGAGGUGGAGGUGGUGGAUGAGGCAAACUGCGUGAAAAUGCUCAACCUGUGGUGCUGCUGCUUCUUUAAGCGGAAACGGAAGAAGAACACCCCGCGACAUAAAUGAUGGUCUGCCGGCCUGAAGCACUCGGCGUGCCUGGCUCGUCCUUCACAAGUUCUUGAGAUCCAAGUGAAUGGCAAAGGGAGAGAGAGCUGAAAUCGCAUUUAUUUCCCCAGGAGGGACCAAUCAAAGUGUGUGUGUGUGUGUGUGUUUGUCCUGUUGAUGGGAGGCCUUGUUUGGAGAGGGGUGUAUGUGUGUUUGUGUCGUCAACUGGCCAGAAUGGAUUUUUUUAUUUGUAUAGUGAUUAUCUGGAGGAAAAGAGAACUUCUUCUCUCUGAGAUGCACUUUCCUAGCGCGUGUAUAGCGUGGACGCCAUCUCUCCUCUCCCAGUUGAAAUUGCAACGAAUGGAAGUGUCUCUUUCAGCCGGGAUCGCCCCUCCUCCUUCUCACUCUACCUGUUGCAUUCUGUGGUUUACACAGUCCUUUCUUGCACUCAUGAAACGGCGUAACUGCACCCAACCCAGACAUUUGUUUGUUUUUUUGUUUGGCAGAACGUUACUUUUGUCAUUCUUGGCACGGAACUGAAUGUAAUCAUGAAAAACACAAGUGGAACCCAUGAGUGUCACUGCCGCAGUGUCCACCCAGUGGUGGUGUACUGUGAUACCCUGUAGAACACUCCUGAGGGGAAGGCAGAGAGCGGUACCUUUGCCCGGGGCUUGUGGCAGAGCACCGUGCUCUCCAGUGAACCGGUUGGGAUGCACAUGGCCUGCUUUCAACACUCCUCCCAAAACCAAAAGAAAAAGUCUUGUCACUUAAAAAAGAAAUGCUUUUUUUUAAUUUUAUUAUUUUUUUACUUUUUGCCUUGUUUUAGUCUUGUUGGCUUUGUGAUUUUUGAAAAACUGGACACUGUAGGAUGGCUGGAGUAACAAAUAUAAUUGUAUUUAUGCUUAUGUAUGUCUUGAUUGCCACCUUUUAUCGAACCAUUCUUAAACAUACACAUUAAAUGUACAGACAUAAAAGUGUAAAAAGAAGUGCAUGGGAAUAUGAACAGUGUCCGAUAGAGACGAAAAACCGACCAAUCUAAUGUUAGUGGAAAAAAUAGAUGGACAUGGAUAAGAGUCUGCGAGAGAAGCAAUGUUUUUGAGCCUCAACCGAACUGGACUUUGACCAUGUCUACGCCAGUAGACGCUGAAGUGGGAACGUUGCUUUGGGUGCAACAAGAGACAUUGGUGUGAUGUACUUUCCAUCGCCGCCUCUUUACACUAAUGUCCAAUGCCUUAAACACACACACACACACACACACACACACACACACACACACACACACACACACACACACACACACACACACACACACACACACACACACACACACACAGUAGUGGGAUAAUGUGACCGGCUGAGGGAGUACUCGCAGUUGGACCUGCAGUUUGAACCCCUUGUUUUAAGAGCCACAUGGUCACCAUAAGUAUAGAGCAGUCAGAGUGGCUCGCCAGUGACAGAGGUGAGCAGGGCCAAGUGUAAUGAUGCCAAAUGGAAUGUUAUGUUAACCCAGAAACACUGAACAGAGGAGGCUGGGCCAUGUGUCCAGUGCAGCAAUGUUACAUGGCUUGGACCUCCACCAGUCAAACGCGGGUAAUUUUCCUUGACGUUAAUAAACAAACAAAAGGGGAUGGACCACCAGGGGUCUUUAUAAGGGAGAGUCUUGACCAACUUGGAGGAAUAUGUGUUAGCCAUUUUAAUAUAAUUCUUAGCGUUUUAUCUUCAAUGUAAAGUGUCAUGGAAGGCUGCCUUGAAACACUAUGUAUAACAAUGUCACCUUGCCUAUCCUCUUGACACCUUCCCGGAGUCCAUUUGAACGUUUUUAAUUGUAUUUUCUUUUUUACUUGUUAAUAUGAACUUUCAGAUGCACAUUUUAUUUUCCUUUCCAAAUUAGCCAUGUUUUUUAUUUAGGGGAAAGGGGGCGGGAGUACCAUUAAACAUGGCUGCACUACAUUUAUUAAUAACGGCCACUUUCACUAUAGAACCGCCCCCUACAUGGGUUUAAUUAUUUUGGUUACCAUGUUUCUCUCCAUACUCUUGCACCCAUGCACACCAACUUACUACGUGCAAGGUUCACAGUGGGCAGCCGCAGCACAUUCUCAUCCUCACAUCUUUGAUGUGAAAUCUCCGGAUGGUGCAAUCUGUCCCACUGAGUCAGUAGAAUGGGUCUCAUUUUGUAACGUGUAUAUUAACACUGUAAAGCUCUGGGUGUGGCGUUAUUUUUUCACUCCCUCUGGGGGUGAGGUCUAAGUUAUUGUGUUAUUUGAAAUUACUUGAAUAUCUUAUGGGAGUUUGUUUUGUUCUAGUUUUGAAUCAGAUUGGUGAAUCAAGAGAAAGCAUUGGGAGGCAUUGGAGGAAUAGGCUAUUUGAAUGGCAGGUAUUCAUUCCUUGGUGCCUCUUAACUGUUGGUUACGGGGGACGAUGGUAACAUAGUCUCACCUCUAGGAUCCUGUAUAAGAGGGGUGAAUGAGUUGAAUGAACCGUAUAUUGGCCCUUUUUCUUUUCUUUUCUGUUGCAGUGCUGGCUUUAGUUUCAAACCUGUAGUUGAUUGAACUUAAGCUCAGUCUGAAAACAUAGCGGGCUGUUGGUCAAGUCAAAUUUAUGAUAGUGAAAGUCUCUGGAUGGGCAAAACCCUCUUUUUCAUCACAGCACAAUGCAUCAAUGUGUCAAGCAAGCGAAGAUAAAGGUCCUAUACAUCAUAUUUAACGGUGAAAUUUUCCCAUUCAAAGCCCCUGUUCACCAGAGUUUUUUUUGUUUUAUCAGAUUCUUGUAAAGAGAUAGAUGUAAAGAAAUCCAGACGAUAACCUUCAGCGUUUCCUUGAUCUCCCAUAAUGCCAUGCGCAAGACUACUAAGCCCAUGCCUUUCUACCUGUGCCAGGAAAAUAUGAAGUUGAAUGUUUUUCUUUUUUUCUUUAAUAAUCACUGCAUUCCACAUUGUGUCCUAUUUUUCUGUUUUAAAAUGCAUACAAUAAAGUGAUUUUAAAUGUU